AAUAUGGAGGAGUUGGCCAGAGAGAGCAUCAGCCUGCUGGCUUCAACAUCAGCCAAACCCCGGGUGGACCCGGCUGGGCCACGGCUCGGCUCCCUGGGGGCCAUCGUCAUCAUGCUCAAGUCCGCCCUGGGCGCCGGGCUACUCAAUUUCCCGUGGGCUUUUGAGAGAGCCGGGGGCAUCCACAACGCAAUUGCCGUGGAGCUGGUCUCUCUCGUGUUCCUAGUAAGCGGUUUGAUCAUCUUGGGCUACUCGUCGUCAAUCUGUGGCCAAUGCACCUACCAGGCGGUGGUAAAGGAGGUGUGUGGCCCAGCCAUCGGUCAGCUGUGUGAAAUAUGCUUCAUUUUUAACCUGUUUAUGAUCUCCGUGGCCUUCCUUGUCAUAGUGGAUGACCAGCUGGAGAAAUUGUGCAGCUCUCUGUAUGAGCUGCUCACCGGUUUGCCAGAGUCAGAGAGGCCCUAUUACUUCUACACUGACCAACGCUUUGCUCUGGUGCUUCUGUGUGUCUUCCUCAUUCUACCUAUUUCCACUCCCAAAGAGAUCAGCAUUCAAAAAUACAUCAGUGUACUGGGAACUCUGGCUGGGACCUAUCUGACAAUUGCCAUCAUCAUCAAGUACAAUAUGAUGCAUUCUGUUCAGGUUCACAUAAUUCCACUCUACAGCAAUGGAAUCAACUCUUGGUCAUCCAUGUUCAGUGUCAUCCCAACCAUCUGUUUUGGUUUCCAAUGUCACGAGGCAUCCAUCGCCAUUUACAGCAGCAUGGAGAACCAGCGCCUCACUCACUGGGCCUUUAUCUCUGUGGUUACUAUGAUUAUCUGCCUCAUCAUUUAUUCUCUUACAGGGGUUUAUGGGUACCUGACAUUUGGGAAGGACGUGAAGGCCGACAUUUUGAUGUCAUACAUGGGCAAUGACAUUCUGAUGCUCAUUGCCAGACUCCUCUUUGGAGUCUCUAUUAUCACCAUCUACCCCAUCAUUCUGUUAUUGGGCAGAUCAGUGAUCCAGGACCCUCUGCUGAGUUGGUGGCGGAGGCGUGGCCGCGUGGUGACGGUCAAGUUUGAAAGUCGCAGUCGGUAUACGCUGACGUUCCUGUGGAUAACUGCAACACUUCUCAUCGCUGCGUUUGUACCAGACAUCAGUAAAGUCAUCAGUGUCAUUGGUGGGAUCAGUGCUUUUUUCAUCUUUAUUUUCCCAGGACUUUGUCUGAUGUUUGCCAUGCAGACCGAGCCAGUAUCUUGUAAAACUAGAAUUGUCCUCACACUUUGGGGAGUGGUCACACUGCUAUGUGGGGCCUUCAUCUUUGGCCAAAGUACUACUAUCACUGUCAUGCAGCUCCUCGGGAAGAUCUGACAUUUAGGAUUAGAUUGUAUUUUGCCA